GAGGCCCAAUGCAUUGCGGAAGUGAAGUGGGUUCAGAAAUCAACACACAGCGGCGGCUAUGAAAACGAUCGAUUCGCGUGCAGCGGUACUGGCCAGCCCUGGGAUUUCCUGCCGGUUUUCCUAGCGACAGGAGCUAACAGACUACCCGAUCUUGCUGUGAGAGCUUUCCGUGUGUUAUCAGAUGCUUGAGUAAGCCGUGAUUUCUGUCGCUAGGUUGUUUGGAUUUAGAAUAUAAGGAGAAGAGGUAGAGGAGGGGCCCUGGGCCGCGGGGUUGACUUUUUAGCUGCGCCGUCCCUUGUUGGGUCGAUCAACGGUGUAUGGGCAAGCGGCUCGCGUCAUGGGAGGUGAACUGUACAGGGCGAAGUUCGACUACGUGAAGGAGAUAGAGACAGACAGGCCCGAUGUCCUGAGUUUCCGGCAGGGAGACAGGUUCAUCGUCACCCAGAAAAAUGACGACAAGUGGUGGACAGCGGUGGCUGCCAGGGACAAGUUGGUGGGGUAUGUCCCCGCCGCUUACCUAGAGAGGGACAUCGGAAAACUGAUCCCAGAGAACAGCAAUAAGGAAAGGGCCAGGCACAGAUCAAUGGAAGAGCUAUCCAGAAUAGAUUCUCACAGAAUACCCAAAGUCGGCGGAUCCCCUGCUCUCUCCAGGUCGCCAAACUCACCAGGUUACAUGACCCCAGAUGAAGACUAUGACCAUGAGCGCAGGUGUGACCAUGAGGAGUAUGAGGAGGAGGAGGAGGAACACCAUCUCAUCGCUCCUAAGAAGCUGCCCAACCCUGUCAAGGACUCCAAGAACCACCAGCAACUCCAUCGAGAACUGACACAAAACAAAAGACUGGGCAUCAACCCUCUCCACAAGAAGCCUGAGCUGCAGAAGAAAUGGGAGGAGAGGAACAGAACCAAGGACAGCGAGAAAUUCAGGGAACAGCAGGAGACAAACAUCACCUUACAGCAGGAGUUCCUCAUGGAAACACAGAAACGGAGAGAGCGACAAGAAGCCCAAUCGAAGGAGGAGAGUAAAGAAGACAAGCCAGAAUUUAUGAGAGUGUCUCUGAAGUCAACAGGAAGACCAGUUACACCAGAACACUCCUAAUGGAGGGUCAACACAGGACCAUGUACAGCACUUACACUUUAAGGCAAUACAUUCUCUUUUUUUCAUCAUUCCACUCCGAAGCUACAGCAUGGAGAAAAUGGAUGCACUCUGAUUUACUGUAGCCACUGGCAAAUAGAUGAGAGGUCACAUCAAUGUCAAUUUCUUAUCUAGGAUAUUCAAAACAUCGGACAUAAAUUUUGGAGAUAAUUAUCUGGAGUCCAGUCUGUCUGAAAAGACUAUGACUAUCUGGAGUACCAGCCAAAAGAUGUUUGAAACAUUCAAGUUUGGAUAGGUCACCUUGUUUCAAGUUAUUCCCCAGCAAUAGCUUGUCAAAAUAUGACAGCCGAAAAUUUGUGAGACAUAGGAUUUUCU